GCAAGACAACACUUGCUAAAGUGCUUGAACGACAUCUCACAAGCAAAGGUCACACAGUUAAAUACAUCACGCUUGCUCAUUGGAAAAGAACUGAAUUUCCUGAUCUCCUACAUAAUAAUGAUGCCUUUGAUGCAUUUUGGAAAAAUGAAAUUCAGUGCACAUGGUCUGAAUGCACCAAAAGCAAGGAUCCAAUAUUUAUCCUCAUUGACGAAGCUCAGGUACUCUAUAAUGGCAAUGGGUCUUUGGAUUUCUGGACUCAAAUAAAAUAUUUUACUGACCAUCCAAAAAAUGGCUUACAUGUACUCCUACUGAGUAUGUAUGAGAGUCAAAACGCAGGAAGCGCUAUCCUUAAUGACAGUUAUACCCCAAUUGACUUCAUUAAUCCAAUGGGAUUAGAUGAAUUGCACCUAAAUGAAAAUGAGUUUAAGGAUCUAACAAGCAAAUUCAUUGAAUAUAUUGAUAAAGAAGAAGACACUUUCAUUAUGCCUGAUGAUAUGCUCAAGUCUGUCUACAGUUCAACUCGCAGACACCCCCACCUAAGAAUGAGAGUGUUUGAUUGGAUGACAAAUUGGAAGCCAACUGAAGUUGUAGUUGAUACCAUUUUUCUGAAAAUGGCAUAUGAUAUGGUUGAUGAUGAUUCAACAUUUGUUGUAGAUACAAAGACUGCUGAGAUGCAGGAAGCUCUUAGAAGGCUCAUGCAUUCUGGCUUAGUAACUUAUUCAGGCAGAAGCUGGUUACAGUUUGCAGCCCCAGUUGUCCAAAUCAUCAUGGGCCAGCACCUUUAUGCCCCAUCAUUAACUUUGGAGUCAGAUGUAAGCUUUGAAGCUUUUCUACAAACCAGCAUCAAACAUAUGCGACCCUCAGAAUUGCACAAAUCUCUUAGCUAUGGAAUAGACAGUCAGCUACUUGAGAGAGCUUGGCAGAAAGCGUGGUUGAUGGCUGCAAGCACAGCCAUUCCAAGUGGUCACACAAUCAGUCCUGAUGUUGGCAGAAUAUUUGGUUCAUCUGGAUUUCUUGAUUUCUAUAUCAAUGGGGGACUCAAAUGGGAAGUUGAGUUAAUGCAAGAGGGUCGAAGGAUGGGUGAUCAUGUUGACUGCUUUAGGUCAACUGGUAGGCCAAAUUCCAAGAAGUUGGAUCCGAAUGUUUGGUAUGCUUUAUAUGCGGAUGACUAUAGUACUAUGACUAUCAUUCGACAUGGCAAGGACGAGAUGUUACUUACCUUACGCGGUGAUGAUCCCCAGCUGUUUCCUAAAAAUCGAUAA